AUGGGGACGCGAGUAUUAGUAAACCUUGCAUCGGUGGCCAGCGGAGGCAUUAUUUUGGCCUCACUCGUUAUCGUUGGAGUUCUCUUCCAAGACAUCAACAGUCUUUACUAUGAGGUUAUGGACGAUAUGAAUGAAUUUAAGACAUUGGCAAAUGAUGCUUGGGAUGAGAUAAUGAGUGUGCAUGGUAUCCAAAAGCAAGGCGGACCACCAGUGAGUGUUAAUCCGUUUAUGGAACUGCUAGCAAGGAACAAGCGACAAGCUGAAAUUCCAAAACAUUGCAGAUGCAUCCUACCAACUCACUGUCCUCCAGGCCCAGCUGGUCCACAGGGUGACCCAGGAAUCCCAGGAGGCAACCAAAUUUUAGAAGACGGACCACCAGGACCAAAUGGACCAGACGGCCCAGACGGACUCCAGAUUGCCUAUCCAACUGAACCACCAGCACCGUGCAUAAAAUGCCCGCCAGGACCUCAAGGACCUCCAGGCCCAGAUGGCGAAAUGGGUCCACCAGGUCCCGACGGAAACCCAGGAUUACCAGGACGUCCCGGACAACAAGGACCACCAGGACCACAAGGACCAGAGGGCGAACCCGGACCAUGCGGACCACCUGGCCCACAGGGACCUCCAGGCCCACCAGGAAAAGAUGGAACAAAGACAACUUGCCAGAAGGGACCGAAAGGACCUCGUGGUCCACAAGGACCAAUGGGCAAAGCUGGUCCAAACGGUCCAGACGGACAGAAAGGUCCAGAAGGUCCAAUGGGCCCUGCUGGUCCAGCUGGUGCACCUGGUACUCCUGGCCGCGAUGGCGAGAUGGGCCCUGCUGGUCCGGAGGGUGUGCCUGGCUUGGAUGCUGGAUAUUGUCCAUGUCCACCACGGUCAGGCAACAAAAACGCCCCACCUCCACCUGGUGGAUGUGAUCCAGUUCUUGUUGGUGAACAUGCUCCUUAUGCUACCAAAAGACGAGCUGCUGCCAAACGCCGUAUGGCUAGACAUCGAGUACAUACCGCGAAAACGGUACAACGAGCUCAAAGAAUUUCAUUGAAACACUAA